UAAGAAUUGCUCGUUUGCAGUAAACUCCAAAAUAAUAAGCGUUAUUAUGUGAUACUGAAAUAGUAUUGUGUGGCAUUGUAACCUAAAUUAAGCAGCAGCAAUCAAUAAUUUGGUUCUGCAAUGCAGUGAAAACAGUAAAGAUGGGGCAGACUCUAUAAUUCGCUCUUCUCCAAAAUAUAGAUUUCCACGUUCUAAACACAUACAAUUUAUCCCAACACGUAUUUUAUAUCGAAUGUUGCUUGGCAAAGCUCCACCAAAACACAGGAUAGAGACACAGGAGAUCAGGGAUAAGUCACCUAAAUGGGGAAAAGAAAACCAUAACACAAAACAUGAAUGGUACCCCUUAAAAGAAAAUUCAACCACCUUUUACAAACCACCUAAACCGGCCACAUGAAAAUCCCCGACGACUUAUAACACUGGGGCUAAGCCUUCUACUCUAUUCCUAUCUCCAUUCACUCCUGCUUAUGCUGCCCAGCUGAGCCUAUAAAAAUCCUAACUGGCAAUUAGUCUCAUUCAGGCCAGCUGGCUUUCAUGAACUGGGCUACCUGUGAGUACGGAGCUGCUGAUCAUUCGUAACGGAAAGCCAGCGGCUCGGCCAGACCCAGCGGCCUGCUAUGCAGCUCCGCCGUGGCGAUCAUUAAGCUUUCCACACAGAUUCCGCUCAUGGUUUCCACAUGACAGUGUUGUGGUUGUGAUUGAAGAUGAGCUGCGCCAUACUUAUUCUGCGGCUGCACCGUGGCGACCAUGUCAGAGCCCUGCGACCCCCCUGCUACCUCUCCCUCUGCCAGCUCAGUCAUGCUCACCCUGUGAGGUAUAACUUGCGGGAGUGCUACCGUCUUCUGCAGCUGCCCGAGGAUGCAGAGGCCAGUCAUGCCCAGGUGAAGGAUGCCUACCUCCGCAUGGCCAAACUGUACCACCCCGACUCUGGGGUGCCCACGGCGGAUGCCGCCCUUUUCUCCCAGAUCGAGGAGGCCUAUCGCACUGCGCUGGCACAUAUAGCAAGGCGGCAGUCAGCCUGGCAGCAGCUGGAGGCAGAAGAGGAAGAGGAGGAUAGACUGAAGACACAGUCGCCCCAGCAUAGGCAUUACCUCAGCUACGAUGGCGUUGGCUUGGGCACACCCAGCCAGCGAGAGCGUCAGUAUCGCCAGUUCCGUGCAGAUCGGGCCACAGAGCAGGUGCUGGAGUACCGGAGGCGGGAGCUAGAGAGGGUGGCCGCUGCAGAUGAGGGUGCCAUGGCGGCACAGGACGUACACAGGCGGAGCCGGAAGGUUAAGAUCACGCAAGCAGUGGACCGGCUAGUGGAAGACCUCAUCCAGGAGUCGAUGGCCCAGGGUGACUUCCACAAUCUGCCAGGUUCCGGAAAGCCCCUCAACAAGUUCAAUGAGAAUCCGUAUGCCGACCCUAUGACACACAACCUCAAUCGCAUCCUCAUCGACAAUGGUUACCAGCCGCAGUGGAUCGUGGCUCAGAAGGAGAUCCGAGAGACGGCGGAUAAGCUGCGAGCAGGGCUGCAAGGGACCCGGGCGAAGCUAGGGGACCCCUUGACCCCAGCAGAGGAGCUAAAGUGGAGACAGUGCUGCCAGACUUUCAGUGAGGAUCUCGGCAGGCUCAACAAGAAGGUGGAUAAUUUCAACUUGAUAGUGCCUCUGCUCAACAGACAAAUGGUCCACUUCAAUCUGCAGCGUGAGGUGGACCGGGUCCGAAGGGCUGACCAAGAGGGAAGACUGGAGAGGGAGAGGGAAAAGGAGAGGGAGAGACUGGCAGAUGUGGAGAAAAGGAACUCGUCAGAGACGGCUAAUCAUGGACUGUUCUCUUGGGUGCUAAAUCUACUCCGAUAACAUUUCUGUUCACAUGCACUACACAUGAACUGAGCUGGAGGUUCACGCAAUCUGGACAUUUCUGUACUGUAAAUCAGUGUUCACUGGGCCAUUUCUGAAAUCUGAUAAAUACCGUGAUCUUUUUGGGACUCAAGUUCAGCAUUCUGUCUGUCCUUAGAAGUAUACAUCCAUUUGCUCUCUAUUUGCACAUCACAUGCAAAGAUUGUAUUUUAAUUAUAAUGUCUGAACUUCCACUGGCUGUCUCAUUUUAUGACUGCUAAUUAAAAGAUCUGACUGCAUAUUUUAUGAGUUUUUGACUGUUGGCCGGUGUAGACCUUGCUGCACCCCCUUUAACCUUCCUGGUAGUUUCCCAGAAUCAAUCUAUCCGGGAAUUAUUAGUAUUGUUCUGAAUCCAUGUCUUCUGGUGAAUUGCGCGUAAUGUUACAUCUGCAGUAAAUCCAAGUAUUUUAACUAGUUACCUGCUAGAUAUUGGUACCAGUCAAUAUCACAAUAUCACAAUAACAAUGGUAAAUAAAAAACAUUGCAUAACAA